AUGGCUCUGUUCUACUUGUAUCUCUCGUUCGCUUGUCUGUAUGUAGUUCAAGGCUGCGUGUCUCGGCCUAGCAACAUUUCUAACAUUCGUAUUAAUAAUAGACGGGUGUGCUAUGUUAAUCCUGAGCUGGACAAUUUAUUCAAAGAAGUUAUGUAAGUUUUGUACUUUUUUCUUGUAUGAAAGUUUCACGGACUUGUUUUAUAAUCAUGCCAAAAUCAUGGCUGUAUGUUUGGAUAUAUUGUGUGACAUGCAGCCUGCGUCUGUAGUCACAUUUUUUGCUCUCGCGCACUCGCAGUGAUGACAUCAUGACACGAAUUAGUCACGAACAAAAUGAGGUCAACACCGUGGCUGUUCGGAAAUAAAACUGUUAAACCUUAGUGUUAGAACUUUUAGUUCUGGGCUAAAAUCGGUUAAUAUUUACGAAAGUUCAUCCUUAUUCUCAAUUAUGAUUAUAAAGCACCAUUGUGAUCGCGAUUUAAAUGCAGUACUGUAUCAUGUUUCAAAACCUUGCAUAAUAUCAAGGUCACAGAUGGCAAGGUUGCAAAACACCAAAAUCUCCUGUUAUUAUAAAAAUGAAGUAUAUCACUUGGCAUGAAUAAUAGUCGAUGGGAUUUUUAGAUGGAAAUUAUCGAGUGCAAAUUUUAUACAUUUAUUACACCUAAGGAGUACGCAGGGGCGUAGGAACCGGGGGGCAGGCUCCCAAGUUUUCAAAAGUGUCCUUUUUUCGGUGGGAAAGUGCCCUUCUGACUACGUUAAAAAUGUCGUUGAGAUCGCCGUUUGCCUCAAUAGCCUUUGAUUCAUGAUUGCAUUUAUUUUAGUAUUUUGGUAUGUGCGGAAAAAUUUUUGUUAUAUUCAAAAAAAAAUAAUGCCAUGUCCGGAAAAAUUUUGUUAUUUUCGGAAAAAAUCAUGGUAUGUCCGGAAAAAUUUUGUUAUAUUCGGAAGAAAAUAAUGCAAUGUCCGGAAAAAUUUUGUUAUUUUCGGAAAAAUUAUGAUAUGUACAGAAAAUUUUUUGUAUGUUUGCGAAGAUAAUGGUAUGUCUGGUGGAAAUUUUUUUGAGUUGACCUCCCCCCCGUCGCUAACAUUUCCGGGAAAAAUUUUUUAGGUGCCCUUUUCUUUCGAAAAGUGCCCCUCGAAACUGCCCCCCCCCCCACUUUUUGAUGCUUCCUACGCCCCUGGGAGCACGCGCCAAGCUUCGAUCUAAACACAAGUUCGUGUAUAUACACUAGGGUACUGCCAUGUUCAGGUAUGGAUAAAUAUCAAGAUUUUGUUAGCAUCUCACAUUUUCACUCGAUUGAAUAAAACUGAUCAACUAUUAUUAUUUUUGAAUGACAAAACAUCUUACUGAUAGCGCUCACUUUACUUGGCAUCCAAACACACCAUAAAUCCCUUUUACAAUAAUGUAAAUAAUGAAAGAUAUAUUUCCAACAGUAAAACGCCUCGCCCUCACGAGUACAUCAAUGUCAAAGACCUUCCAGCUUCUUGGGAUUGGAGAAACGUUGAUGGCAAGAACUACGUGAGUGUAACACGUAAUCAACACAUCCCACAAUACUGUGGUUCAUGUUGGGCGAUGGGAACCACCAGUGCCUUAUCUGACAGAAUUAACAUUCAGAGGAAAGGCGUGUGGCCAGUGAAUUAUCUUUCCGUUCAAAAUGUCCUUGAUUGUGGUAUGUUGCUUUAAUUCCUUUGCAAACACUUACUGCGCCCUGACUGUAUCCAAUUCGGUGAUCAGACAUCUCAUUGUUUUGAACGUCAUGUUCAAAACAAAAGUCUGUCUGACGUCCAUACCAUCCAUCCAGUCAAGGACAACUAGAGAGAAUAAUGACCUCCAGUUGCUUUCAUUUAUACACUCGAACCUGUGUUAGGCCACUGGUUAAUUAAGCGGUCACUCUCGUAUUGGGGAUUUCGUAUUUUAUAGUAACCGUUUAAUACAGGGUGACCGCCCAAUGCAGGUCCAAGUACCACGCUUAAAAAGGGCUUUGCUGAUUUAUACAAAAAACAAGAGAACUACCAGAGCCCACCGUUGUGGCGUGCUAAGUUUGGUUUGGCUUAAACAAAUUUGUGGCAAAAUCUGUCAAGUGGCAAUGCCAUUAUAAUCUCAUUUUGCUAAGUCGACAUGACAUUCUUCAGUUAUCAGCAAAAGACCAGCCAAACUUGAUCUCAAAUGCUCAGUUCACUCUGGUUCCAACGGCCUUUGAGACAACACAAAAGGAAAAAGGUCCCUUGCUUUCACCCUGAUGUUGUUUCUCCAGCUUUUCUAGGGCCCUUGCGUCCACGAAACCGCACUUUCCGUCAGCCAAUCAGUGGCCACAAAGGAUUUGCGUGAUUUAUUGAUAAGAGUAUAAUGAUUAAUGAUUACUUAUUCCAGGCAAUGCAGGUUCAUGUGAAGGAGGCAGUAUGAUCCCAGUGUAUGCAUACGCACAUACUGAGGGUAUUCCAGAUGAAACGUGUAAUAACUAUCAAGCCAAGGAUCAGGACUGCGAUAAGGAACAUCAAUGCAAGACUUGCUCUCAUUCUGGUCACUGUUAUUCCAUAGCCAACUACACUCAUUUUAAAGUGAGCGAGUACGGUAAGCAAUAAUAGCUUGGUGGAAAACGUCACUGACGUUUAUUGAAGACGAUGUCACAUCGAACGAUUUGCUACGAAGAUUUGUAAUGCAAAUCUCACGCGAAAUUAAUUGGUUCGACCUGCAUGAUCCGCUAGCCUGGAUCCAAUUAGCCUUGCGGUUUCGAAACUCGGCUUUAGGCCUGUUUUCCACUAGGGAAUUUUCUCACGCGAAGCGACCUUUUUCCUUUGUCGGUAUCACUUAUUAUACGUCAGCAAGACGCGGCAAAAUGGAUGCCGACAAAGGGAAAAGGUCGCUUCGCGCGAAACAGUUCGCUAGUGGACUGAACCGGCUUUAAACCGACUAUCUGCAAAUUUUGACACAACGUUGGUUGUGUUACAAAGUUCUUCCAACUUAUUUCGUGUUGGUGGGUAGCUGCACUUCUUUGAUUAUUCAUUGUUUUAUACUGAUUUUAAUGGACCUAGCUAUUACCUAUAAAUGAACAAAAUUUUGAUUUAGACAAGUCCAACCUCGUUCCCAGGGCUUUCCCUGGGAACGAAUGUUGAGACAAGUCUAGACAAAAAUUUCAUCACGGCUUUGAAGAGCAUCACAAAAUUAUUAUAAUGUAGCCCUGCGAAGUUUGCCGUUUUUCAGUCAUUUUGUACUGCGCACGGGAAAUUGAUACCUUUCAGAAAGCGGUAUCAAUUUCCCGUGCGUAAUACAAAAUGACUGAAAAAACGGCAAACUUCGCAGGGCUAUAUUAUCCGCAUUUAAUUUUACAACAUUUCGCAACGAAACUUCGUAAUAUUACUAAUUUUGUGAUGCUCUUUCAAGCUGUGAUGAAAUUUUUUCUAGACUUGUCUAGAUCAAAAAUUUGUUCAUUAGGUAAUAGGUUUUUUUGGUAUUGGAAUCGUCAUCAUAGUCUAUAUGCACAGCCGUAAAAACAACACGGCGUUAUCAAAAGAACCAUUAUAAAAAGGAGAAAGCGACCGCACACGCUAUUGAGUAUUGUUACUUUACUUAUGAAGAUUCAAAUUGCAUUAUCUAGAAAAACGUUUACGGGAAACUGUAAACUUAUUUUCUUGUUUAUCUGGAAUAUAUUUAGUCGAGCAGAACAAGAAAAGUUUUAGGUAAACACCCACCUAACGUAAAAUACGUAAUCAGCAUUUCUCUGGCUUUCUUCUACAUCCAAGAUUUGUUGUGCAAUGUUAUCUAAAUUCGUAUAGUGACCUGAAUCUAACUUGAAAGAAAUUCUUUUCACCCUAUGCAAAGUCAUAUCAUGUUAAAUCCUUUUCCCGUUAUUUCAAACCAGGUCGCGUUAACGGUCUAGAUAAGAUGAAAGCAGAAAUUCACCAACGUGGUCCUAUUGCUUGUGGAAUCAUGGCCACACCCAAGUUAGAUGCCUAUCAAGGUGGGAUAUACUCAGAAUACAACGAAGAUAUUGGUAUCAACCAUGUUGUAUCUGUGGCCGGGUGGGGUGUGGAGAAUGGUACUGAAUACUGGAUUGUUCGCAACUCCUGGGGGAGGCCCUGGGGAGAGAAAGGAUGGUUGAGAAUCGUUACAAGUGCGUACAAGCAAGGCGAAGGAGAUAAAUACAAUCUCGGUAUUGAAAGUGGAUGUGCCUUCGCUGUUCCCAUUAUCCCAUCUGGAAUGAAAAAUUAA